AUGGUGGAUCUCAGCACAUGCGAAAGAGUUCAGUCCAUUCUGAAGGUCCGCAGCAUUGAGGAGACACCCUGGAAAUGUUACCAGUUUGUCGUCUUCGUACCUGGGUUGUUUCAUCUCAAAAUGGCGUGCGCUGAUGCAAUCUACAAAGCUCUCAUCCACCCACCUCUUUCACGUCUCGAUGAAAACUCCAUGAUGCACUUUGUAGGCAUCAUGCAUCCUAAAGAAACUGGGAAGAUUAGAUCAAAUCCUAAAUUUCAUCAAAUGCAUGAAGUGAUUGGACAUACUGGUAUAGCACUGCGACUUGAUGCCUGGUGUGUUGAGGUAGCACGACGUCACAAUAUGUCAUCGCUCGAAGAUUAUGCCAAGAGUGAACCUUCAAUGGAUGCCCUGUGUCGCAUGGCUGACACAUUGGCCCAAGAGUAUGUGCAUGGUGAAGGCAUGGGUGUCUUUGAUGCACGACGCAAGGCCCAAUCAGCACGGGAUCAACAGCAUGAGAAUGUUCUGCUUAUGCACCAAUACCUGCUAUUGUACGAGGAGAUCACCUAUGCGAUGAAUGCCGGAGACAUUGGAAGGGUGGAGGCCAUACUUCCAUCAUGGAUCACCAUUUUCAAGGCUACUGGAAAGCAUAAAUACGCGAAUCAGAUGCAAAAGUUCUUGGCGGAGCUGCACUUCGUGUACCCAUCUGAUCUGAGGCACGCAAUCAGGAUGAAUAUUCUCAUCAACCCUACUGGAAAAGUGUUCGCUUUUCGUGGUGUUGACUGGGUCGUGGAGCUAAACAAUCUUUUUACGAAGGACAAAUACGGUGGCUCGGGACCAAACUACACAAAGGACCACGUCAUAAGUGAGUCGCCAAACAUUAUGGUGUAUCGCAGUUGUGCUAGUAAUGCAGAAUGCAACUAUCACCUGAACGGUCUCACAUCGGCACACGGAAAGAAGAAUAUAACGAAGACGUUCGACUCAAUACUAACCUACAUGUGGGAACACGGUCCGAACGAGCAUAAGGCUGGUUGCAAGGCUUCUUACACAUUGCGUGACAUGAUAGACAAGGGAAUGGAGGCAUUAUUGAGUACAUCAAUCGAGGAAGAGACAGCGGUGGAGGGGAUCAAUGAAGAGAACACUAUGGAUUAA